AAAAUUAUUCCAACCUAAGUGAUCUCAGUGAUAAAAUUAACAUGUCUGGUGCAAACGAUGUUGAAGAACUACUUAGAAGUGUCGUUACUGACACCACUAAAAAAUUGAAUCUAAGUAAAUUUACUAUUGAUUUGAACUUAAACGCACUUAAGGGAGAUGGUUUUUUGGGUGAAUUUUACAAAGUGUCUGUUAAGGAUGACGAAAGUAAUUCCACAUAUUACUUAGCGAUUAAGAAAGCCCCCGUGGUAAAGAAGUGGCGAGAAGAAAAUUCAAUAGAUAUGGUGUAUCAAAAUGAAAUUUUCUUCUACUCGGAAAUUGUUCCUGCUUUUAGACAAUUUGAGCAAGAACAGCAUGUAUCAAAACCCUUCGAUUCUAUAGCAAGGUAUUUCACAAGCAGCAGCCAGAUUGGAAGCGAGAUAAUAGUUUUUGAGGACAUAACAAAGAAGGGAUACAUUUUGCGAGAAAAAGAUUUACUGUUAGAUGACGAACAUGCUAAAUUGAUAUUUAAAACUUAUGGGCAUUACCACGCUUUAUCUUUCUGUUUGAAAAACAAAAAACCAGAAGAAUUUGCUAGACUAACUACUCCAUUGCACCCUAUUUGGAAAAAUUUUGGUGAAAAAGAAGGUUUUUUGAUUUUCUUGAAAGCUUGCCUAAAGGACACACAAGACGCUUUGAAACCCGACGAAGACGGUGUUGUUUUAGAAAAAUUUAGAAAGUACGUUGAUAACUCCAAAGAAAUAUUUUUGGAAAGUUGUGACUACAAGGGUCAAUACUCCGGAAUACUUCAUGGUGACUGUUGGUCUAAUAACAUGAUGUUCAAGUAUCAGAAUCCUGAGAUUCUCACUGAAGUUGAAUCCAUGAAGUUGCUGGAUUUUCAGCUAGUAGUUGCUUCGACUCCUGUUCACGAUUUGUCAUAUUUCUUCUAUACAAGUGGCUGUAAAAAAUUAUUCGACAAAUUGGAAGAAUAUUUGGAUAUUUACCACGAAAGUUUUUCUAAAUUUGCGAGUGAGGUAGGUUGCGAUCCAAACGAGUUAUUACCAAGGCAAAUGCUAAGCGAAGACUGGAAGAAAUAUUCACACUUUGGAAUGAUGUUAUCAACCAUGUUAACGAAGGUUAAGCUGAUAAGUAAAGAGGAUUCUAUAAAAAUGAUCGAAGCUGCCGAUAGUCAAAAGGAAGGGGAUAAAGUUAAUGAAAAUGAUUUUGACGAAUUUAAUUUUGACAGAGCUCUUUUCAAACAAAGGGUACGCGACAUUGUAAUUCAUAUGCAUGAAAUUGACGCUUUAUAAUUUUUUGAAAUUUUAUCCCCAAUUGUACAAAAUAAGAUAAGUAUUAAAUAAACGCCCUCAUUAUA